AUGCAGCCUGUUGCUGCAGCAGCCGAAAAGCCAGAAAAGUUUAACGGGCAGAAUUUCAAAACUUGGCAGCAAAAGACAUUUUAUCUAACCAUGUUGAAUUUGGUAGACUGGCUGAUGGAGGAUGCAUCUGUUCGGCACGCGCUAACGGCUAAGAAGCUGUGGGAGAUGCUGAAGAAAAAGUACAUAACCGGGGUUGCUGGUGCAAAGAAAUUUAUCAUCGAACGGCUUCUGGAUUUCAAAAUGGUCGAUGAAAAAAGCGGUGAUUUCAAGAUUUACUUGAAACACAAAUGGAAGGAAAUGGAUAUGGCGAGACUGAUCAAUCGUCUCCAAACUGAAGAGGAGCAUAGAUCAAACCUGGCAAGUAGGGGACAUCUAAUGCUCGGCACGAAAGCCAAUAAAGUCAAACACAAAGGCCAAAGCUCUCGUUUCAAGACUUCUCCGAGGAACAAUGAGCUGUCUGGAAAGAAUUGGAAGCCCGCGGACAAGGAAAAGGAGAAGCUGAAGCCAUCUGGAGGUGUUGAGAAAGAAAAGAGUAGUUUCAAAGGCACUUGCUUCAAUUUCGGGAAGCUUGGACACCGUUCGUUCUCCUCAUUCAUGCGUAUCAAAGGAGAAAUGAUGUACAUGGGGAAUGCUGCUCCUGCUAAAGUCAAGGGAAGAGAAAAUGUGCUUAUGAAGAUUACGUCUGGAAGAGUUUUGAUGCUGACUAAUGUCUUGAGUGUAUGUGGGUAA